UUGCGCGGCUCUUUUUUCCCAGAAGUUCGAUUCCCUCGUUUUUCUUAUCUCAUACAGAAAAUUGUUCUCUUCAAUUUAUCGAAUCUGAAAUUCAGAAACGCUCAAUCACUCUGUUCGAUCUUAAUCUUCAUCACUGCAUGCGUUUUUAGGGAUUCAUACGGAAAGUUCAAGAAAGCAGGAGCAGAGGUUGUUGGGAUAAGCGGCGAUGAUUCUUCGUCUCCUAAGGCAUUUGCCAAGAAGUACAAACUUCCAUUUACCUUGUUGAGUGAUGAGGGUAACAAGGUAAGGAAAGAGUGGAGAGUGCCUGGUGAUUUCUUUGGAUCAUUGCCUGGGAGAGAGAGAGACCUAUGUUAUAUAUAUAUUGACAAAAAUGGUGUGGUUCAGCUCCUAUACAACAACCAGUUCCAACCUGAAAAGCCUUUGAAGCUUAUGUAUCUCUUUUGCCUUAACUCAAGUAUGAAACUAUGA